GCGCACCCCGGCCGCGCUGGAGGGCGCCCCCUGCCGUGCCGGCGGUCCGGUGGGACCCCGGGCGCAUGCGCGUUGCCCGUGGCAGCGGAGGGCGGGUGUAAACAUCCGGCCGGGGGAUGCGGACCGCGCUCACCUGGCGCGACAAGGCCGAGCAGUGCAUUUAUGACCUUGCGUUCAAACCGGAUGGGACUCAGCUGGUCAUCGCUGCUGGGAACAGACUGCUGGUGUAUGAUACCUCUGAUGGAACCUUGAUUCAGCCUUUGAAAGGACAUAAGGACACUGUGUACUGUGUGGCGUAUGCUAAAGAUGGCAAACGUUUUGCAUCUGGCUCUGCUGAUAAAAGUGUGAUAAUUUGGACUUCAAAGUUAGAAGGAAUUCUGAAAUACACGCAUAAUGACUCUAUACAGUGCGUCUCGUACAACCCUGUUACGCAUCAGCUGGCGUCCUGCUCUUCCAGUGACUUCGGCUUGUGGUCUCCUGAACAGAAGUCGGUCUCUAAAACUAAAACCAGCAGUAAGAUUACUUGCUGUAGCUGGACCAACGAUGGGCAGUACCUUGCUCUGGGGAUGUUCAACGGCGUUGUCAGCAUCAGGAAUAAAAACGGUGACGAGAAGGUUAAAAUAGAGCGCACAGGGGGUGCUUCAGCUCCAAUAUGGUCCAUCUGUUGGAAUCCAUCCAGAGACGAACGCAAUGAUAUUUUGGCUGUGGCAGACUGGGGUCAGAAGCUUUCCUUCUACCAGCUGAGCGGCAAACAGGUUGGGAAGGACAGAAUGCUCAAUUUUGACCCUUGCUGUGUUAGCUAUUUCACUAAAGGAGAGUAUAUUUUACUGGGCGGUUCAGACAAACAAGUUUCCCUCUUCACGAAGGAUGGCGUGCGUCUGGGUACCAUAGGAGAGCAAAGCAGCUGGGUGUGGACGUGCAAAGUUAAGCCAGACUCCAACUAUGUGGCAGUAGGAUGCCAAGAUGGAACAAUAUCCUUUUAUCAGUUGAUUUUCAGCACCGUUCACGGCCUGUAUAAAGAUCGCUACGCUUACAGGGACAGCAUGACUGAUGUUAUUGUCCAGCACCUCAUCACUGAGCAAAAAGUCAGAAUAAAAGGCAGAGAGCUCGUGAAGAAAAUCGCAAUCUACAAAAACAGAUUAGCAAUCCAGAUGCCAGAGAAAAUCCUGAUCUAUGAGUUGUACUCAGACGACUCUUCAGAUAUGUAUUAUCGGGUGAAGGAAAAGAUAGUAAAAAAAUUUGAAUGCAACUUGCUGGUUGUGUGUUCAAAUCACAUAAUUUUGUGCCAGGAGAAAAGGUUACAGUGCCUCUCGUUUAGCGGCGUUAAAGAACGAGAGUGGCUGAUGGAAUCUCUUAUUCGUUACAUUAAAGUAAUUGGAGGACCUCCAGGAAGAGAAGGGCUCUUGGUUGGCCUAAAGAACGGUCAGAUUCUGAAGAUAUUUGUGGACAACGCGCUCGCCAUGGUGCUGCUGAAGCAAUCCACCGCCGUGCGCUGCCUGGACAUGAGCGCCUCGCGCACCAAGCUGGCCGUGGUGGACGAGAACGACACCUGCCUGGUCUACGAUAUCCACACCAAAGAGCUGCUGUUUCAGGAGCCCAACGCCAACAGCGUGGCCUGGAACACGCAGUGCGAGGACAUGCUCUGCUUCUCGGGGGGCGGCUACCUCCACAUCAAAGCCAGCAGCUUCCCCGUCCACCAGCAGAAGCUGCAGGGCUUCGUGGUGGGCUACAACGGCUCCAAGAUCUUCUGCCUGCAUGUGUUUUCCAUGUCAGCCGUUGAAGUUCCACAGUCUGCACCCAUGUAUCAAUAUCUGGAACGCAAAAUGUUUAGAGAAGCCUAUCAAAUAGCGUGUUUGGGAGUGACCGAUGCUGACUGGAGAGAACUGGCCAUGGAAGCCUUGGAAGGGCUGGAGUUUGAAACGGCUAAAAAGGCAUUUACCAGAGUACGAGACCUUAGAUAUUUAGAGUUGAUCAGCAGCAUAGAGGAGCGGAGGCGGCGCGGGGAGAACAGCCGCGAGCUGUUCCUGGCGGACGUGUACGCCUACCAGGGGAAGUUCCACGAGGCCGCGAAGCUGUACAAAAAGAGCGGGCACGAGAACCUGGCGCUGGAGAUGUUCUCCGAUCUACGCAUGUUCGACUGCGCAAAGGAUUUUCUGGGAUCCGAAGACCCCAAAGACACAAAGAUGCUGAUAAAAAAACAAGCAGAUUGGGCCAAGAAUAUCAACGAGCCCAGGGCAGCGGUGGAGAUGUACCUCUCUGCCGGCGAGCACACGAAGGCCAUCGAAAUCAGCGGGGACCACGGCUGGGUCGAGAUGUUAAUUGAAAUUGCUCGAAAGCUGGAUAAAGCUGAGCGUGAGCCUUUGUCCAAAUGUGCCUUCUAUUUCAAACAACUGGGGAACCCUGGCUAUGCCGCGGAAACCUACCUGAAGAUGGGUGACCUGAAAGCCCUGGUGCAGCUCCACGUGGACACGCAGCGCUGGGAGGAAGCAUUCGCUGUGAGUGAAAAGCACCCUGAACUCAAGGACGACGUCUAUGUCCCGUACGCCCAGUGGCUCGCAGAGAACGACAGGUUUGAAGAAGCCCAAAGAGCGUUCCACAGGGCUGGCAGGCAGGGGGAGGCGCUGCGGGUGCUGGAGCAGCUCACGCACAACGCCGUGCUGGAAAGCCGAUUCGACGACGCGGCCUAUUAUUACUGGAUGCUUUCCAUGCAGUGCUUAGAUAUAGCCCGAGAGCACGAACCACAGACGACCGAAAUGCUGCAGAAGUUUCACCACUACCAGCAUUUGGCAGAAGUUUACCACGUCUAUCACUUUAUUCAAAGAUACACUGAGGAGCCUUUCAGCUUCCACUUGGCCGAAACCCUCUUCAAUAUGUCCAGGUUUCUGCUCCACAGCUUAACAAAGGAGAUUCCUUUGGGCAUCUCCAAAGUCAAUACCUUAUUUGCGCUGGCGAAGCAGAGCAGAGCUCUCGGAGCGUACAAGCUGGCUCGCCAUGCCUACGACAAGCUGCAGGGCCUGCAGGUGCCCGCCAGGUUCCAGAAAUCCAUCGAGCUGGGCAGCCUGAGAAUCCGGUCCAAGCCAUUCCAUGACAGUGAGGAGCUCGUGCCCUUGUGCUACAGGUGCUCGACCAACAACCCUUUGCUCAACAACCUGGGGAACGUCUGCGUUAACUGCAGACAGCCGUUCGUCUUCUCCGCUUCCUCCUACGAAGUGCUGCACCUGGUCGAGUUCUAUUUGGAAGACGGCAUCACAGAUGACGAAGCUGUAGCUCUCAUUGAUCUUGAAGCUCCAAGACUGAAUAAAAGAAAGAAUAAAUGGCAAGAGAUGAUGAGUGACCAGGCACAGAGUUUGAGGCUCGAGGACAAUGCAGAUAUUGAAGAUGACGAUCCCUUCACAGCAAAACUGAGCUUUGAGCAGGGAGGCUCAGAAUUCGUUCCGGUGGUUGUGAACCGAGCCGUCCUGCAGUCCCUGAGCCGGAGGGACGUCCUGAUCAAGCGCUGGCCAAGGCCGCUGCGGUGGCAGUACUACCGCUCGCUGCUGCCGGACGCCUCCAUCACCAUGUGCCCGUCGUGCUUUCAGAUGUUUCACACAGAAGACUAUGAGCUUCUUGUGCUCCAGCACAAUUGUUGUCCGUUUUGUCGACGGAAAAUAGAUGAGUCAAACCAAUGAAGAAAAACAGUCUUGCACCUCAGCGAGGCACUUCCCUAUUGGCUUGGCAAAGCACUGUGUAGAUUCAGAGUUUUCCUGCCAGCUUAGUUAACUCGCCUUGCUCCGUUUGGUACCUGAGUGGAACUGAGCUUAGUUAACUCGCCUUGCUCCGUUUGGUACCUGAGUGGAACUGAGGUGAAGAAAUAUAACUAUUUUUUUAAAUGAAAAUGUCUGUUUGUGAAUGUCCUCCACAUUUCCCAGACAAGCAGCUCAAGUGCCACAGAUUUUUACAGGAAUGUUUCUAGGUUCAGGUUCAGCCUUGGAGUAAUUGUUGUCUUUACUCUUGUGUUAGGAGUUGUUUUACUCUUUAAUGUGUAUCCACUAUUGACAGAUCUUCAAAUAAACGGGACUGUUUUUCACUGCCCUUUAUGCAAACAA